AUGGAGAGCCGAAAGGACAUGGUUAUGUUUCUGGAUGGGGGUCAGCUUGGCACUCUGGUUGGCAAGAGGGUCUCCAAUUUGUCCGAAGCCGUGGGCAGCCCGCUGCCCGAGCCGCCCGAGAAGAUGGUGCCCCGUGGUUGCCUGAGCCCGCGGGCCGGUCCUCCGGCCGCCCGGGAGCGCGGCGGGGGAGGCCUGGAAGAGGAGCCGGUCGACGGACUAGCAGGCAGCGCUGCGCGGCCGGGCGCCGAGUCGCGGGCCGCCGGGGCCGCAGUGCUCGGCCCCGGACCUCCGGCUGCCUCCGCCGACAGCCUCCCAGGCCAGGGGCAACCCAGCAGCUCGGACACCGAGUCGGAUUUCUAUGAAGAAAUCGAGGUGAGCUGCACCCCGGACUGCGCCACGGGGAACGCCGAGUACCAGCACAGCAAAGGGCCUGGCUCCGAGGCACUGGCCAGCAGUCCCAAUGGCAGCGGCGAGGCUCCCAAAAGCAAUGGCAGCGGUGGCUCCCAGGGCACCUUGGCCUGCAGUGCUAGUGACCAGAUGCGACGGUACCGUACUGCCUUCACCCGGGAGCAGAUUGCACGGCUGGAGAAGGAAUUCUACAGGGAGAACUAUGUAUCCAGGCCUCGGAGAUGUGAGCUGGCGGCUGCUCUAAACCUGCCGGAAACCACAAUCAAGGUGUGGUUCCAGAACCGGCGCAUGAAGGACAAGCGGCAGCGGCUGGCCAUGACUUGGCCGCACCCGGCCGACCCAGCCUUCUACACGUACAUGAUGAGCCACGCGGCGGCCGCGGGCGGCCUGCCCUACCCCUUCCCGUCGCACCUGCCCCUGCCCUACUACUCGCCCGUGGGCUUGGGCGCUGCGUCCGCCGCGUCCGCCGCCGCCUCGCCCUUCAGCGGGCCGCUGCGGCCGCUCGACACCUUCCGCGUGCUUUCGCAGCCCUACCCGCGGCCCGAACUGCUGUGCGCCUUCCGCCACCCGCCGCUCUACCCGGGCCCGGCGCACGGACUGGGCACCGCGGCCGGCGGUCCCUGUUCCUGCCUCGCCUGCCACGGCGGCCCGGCCAACGGGCUGGCGCCCCGCGCCGCCGCCGCUGCCUCGGACUUCACCUGUGCCUCCACUUCCCGCUCGGACUCCUUCCUCACCUUCGCGCCCUCCGUGCUCAGCAAGGCCUCCUCUGUGGCGCUGGACCAGAGGGAGGAGGUGCCCCUCACGAGAUAAGGGGCCGCCCGCCGGCAGCCGGCUCCAGGACGCCCGUGGGCAACCCCCGGGGACUCAAGACAGCGCCCCUCCCCGCCCCCGGGGUACCGAGGGGAAAGAAGAGGGCCAAAGAGGACCAGCGGGAUUUGGCCUCGAGCAUCGGGACGCCCGGGAAGCGGCCGUGGCUGGCGCUUUUGGGGAGCAAGAGUGGGGGUGGGGAGGCCGUGGCUGAGAGACCUUCCUCUGGGGUGGCGCCUCUUUGCCGUCCUUCACCGGCCGCACUCCCCCUGACCCGGGUUGAGGCCGUGGCUCCAAAGCUAAACAAACUUAGCUGCAACAGCAACCGAUAUGCAGCCCCUAAGCUCCCCAGCCCCCCACCCCCAACCCCUUUCUCACCCGGAACCCCUCCCCCUGCCAAGGCCAAGCCCACGCAAUGCAAAGGGAAAUUGCUGUCUCUCGGAACAAAAUGCUGUGUAUGCAAAGCAGGUAGAGAUUAAUCUGCCAGCUUUUCCAAGGCACGGCAAGGGGCUCGUGGAUGGCAAAGCACCAGCCAUCUAGGAGAAAGAGGGAGAGGACUUACUACGGCGGAGAAUCCUGGCCCUCCCAAGGAAGCUGGGGGCUCUCUGACCCUCCUGGAGCCUCAGCUACACAAUACUUUCUGAUUCUAGCAUCUACCACCACCUGAUCUCUUUCCUCUCUCCUAGCUUCUUGAUAUCUCUCUUGUAACUUCAUCUCCACCCCUACUUUUUGUGUACCGAGGGCAGGGAGGCUGCAGAUACCCCAGGCUCCCCUGGCAGCUUCUACCAAGCCUCUUCUCCCUGAGCCCAACACACACCCUGAUUAGCAAGUGAUGUGUGUGAGGAGGGCUUUUGAAUGUUGAAUGUAUAAUAUGAUCACCAUGCGGCUGGCUGGCCGUGGAGCCCAGAGCUGAGCUGUUAACAAGGCGCCCAGGGAAGAGCUUAGGGAGCAGGGACCUCAUUGCUCUCCCUCAGUAUCUGGUGGCAAAUUAGAAGCAAUUUCCAGCCCUUGCCUUCCCUUCACCAGGAGCUUUCUGGCCCUUCCCUUUGCAUUUGGCAUUUUACAUUCUUCUGUCUCCCAAGCUGCCAAUGGGGCUUGACUUUCCAAUUACUAGCGGGAGCCUUCUGCCCCUUCUGGGGACCUUGCCUCUCCCCUCCACCAGGGUUUGUUUGGGAACCACUCCCAAACUCUCACUUCCACAGUCAUUCUUGCAGCCAAUUUUUGAGAGGAGAACUUGUACCCACCCCCCACACCCAAGGCAAGUUUCACCCUGACUGGGAGGGAGUGGUUCUUCCUGUAGGGAAUGAAUUUGAUUUGGUUUUCCUUUGUCGC